AUGCCACAACAAAAAGAGGGCACGUCCAAAGCGGACCAACGUGCCUCUAACUCCCCCAAUUUGGCAUCCUCACAACCGCCACCAAACAGUAGGGAACAAGGAACAGUGCCUAGUGCAGCCAUUUCAUCAACAAAUACAAUGCCAAUUAUCGAAAGGAAGCCAUCCAGCAGAAGCAUCCGUUCUCCAUUACCCAAAGGACAUUCAAUAUCACGCCAGGCUAGUAUCAACACGGCGCCGAUGAACCAACGACAAUACGUAUUAUUAAGGGACAAGGGCAGUAAUGUGACUUCUAAUACAACACCCCCGGAGAACAGAAACCUCACUAAUUCACCGCAGUUACAAGGACAUAUAGUACAAGGUAAACCAAGACCGUACCUCAGAAAGCAAAAAUCUGCAAAGUACAUUUUCUCAGUGGAUGACAAUGAAGACGAAAUCGAGGAAGACCUAACCAGAGAAUAUUUGGAAGGCUAUAACGAUGCCUUGAGAAAUAGAUUCAAAUCAAACUUGCUUGGCAUGGAAUCAGAUAAGCCCGAUAAAAAGAGGGAAUUGGAAUCUGAUGUGCUGAAUAACUUGCAGAAAGCCUCAAGAUAUUUAAAUGAUUUGAAAGAUCUGGAGGGAGAUUCGAUUCAUACUCAAACCCAAUACAAUGACCCAGAAUUAGAGGAUUCCGACAUUCCGGAUAUUCUGUCCUCACAAAAUGAAAUAAUACUUGAAGGUGAUAAAUCAAAAAUAUCAAACAACAAUACAGGUAGAAGUGUGUCUAACAACUCCAUCCCUGAUUCGGCUACAGCAAUUCAACAUCAUCAGCCACCCGGUGACGACAAUGGCGAUACAGCAUCCAUAAGUUCUAAUGAAUCAUUCACAUUGAGAGAAAGACAGGUCGCUAUCAAUGAAACACAUCCUUUUGGUAUUAGGAUUUGGAAACCUGCUAUCUACAAAAAGGACAGGAGUGUUCAGAAGGAGGCAGAGCUAGAUGUUCACGCCACUCCAGGUGAUAACCCAAGUAUCGGGAUAUCUGUCAAAAUGUUCAAUAUAGCAUGGACUUGCACAUUUGGGUUGGUUUUAUUUAUUAUCUGCAAUAUUUUGGGUACAGUCACAUACCUAUUCUCGAUGCUCACAAAUCAACGAACAAAUAAUUCCAUUCAAUAUGCAAAAUUCUAUACACAAUUGGCCUCAUAUCUUCUGUAUCCAUUUGGAAAAUUGGUCAUCUUGAAAACGGAGAAAAACUAUAUCAACGAGGAUGCCAAUGUUGGUAGCUCAAUGGAUGAAUUUGCAAGGUGGAGAAGCCAAGGAAAACUAUUCUUUUCAUCCAAUUUCGCCAAUAACGAAGCUCAGCAAAAUCCUUCCUUGCCAUCUCCGAUGAUUCCUGCCAGAAAAGAUUCUCAUAACUCUGAUAGCGAUGACGAUGUGAAUACGACUUUUUAUAAGAAGAGAUACUUUGGAAGAGGAGAAUGGAAUAUUGGUAGAAUUAUAUUCUACUUUCAAUAUUAUUUAGUAUUGUUCCCUAUAUCAUCGACAAUUGCAAUUAUUACCUGGAUGUCAAUCUUUUGUAUUCCCAUGUUCAAGGUUUUAACCAUUAUGGCCAGUCAUAUUAGAAGGCAUCCUCUCGCGUUGUCUUUUGAAAACGAGCAGUAUUACCAAAAACAAUUAGCUAAUCCUGAUCAACAUAAAAAUGAAUCCUUUUUGAUUCUAACAUACAGGUCAUUUGGCUUUCAUUAUUACAAGUAUACUGUUGAUGGCACAAAUAUUUUUUUUAUUAACUUGAAUUUUCUUGUCAUUUUUACUAUUAUUGAUUUCUUUUUCUUGAAAAAUAGACUCCAUUGGGACAACUUCUUCACAAAUUCUGAUUUCAUUUUUCUAAUGUGCCUGGUUUCUAUUGUUCCGUUGGCAUACUUUAUUGGUCAAGCGGUGGCUUCGAUUUCUGCUCAAACUUCCAUGGGAUUAGGAGCUGUCAUUAAUGCAUUCUUCUCUACAAUUGUCGAAAUCUAUCUUUAUUGUAUUGCCUUAGAUCAAUCUAAGGCAAAAUUAGUGGAAGGCUCCUUAAUUGGAUCCAUUUUAGGUGGUGUCUUAUUGCUUCCCGGUGGAUCCAUGUGUUUUGGUGCAAUUAAAAGAAAAACUCAAAGAUACAAUCCCGCUUCGGCUGGAGUUUCAUCAACAAUGUUACUUUAUGCUAUCAUUGUAAUGUUGUUGCCAACUAUAUUAUAUCAAAUUUAUGGUGAGUACAAGGUCACAUGUAAACCGUGUGAUAUUGCUACUACACCAGAUUGUAAGACAUGCCACUACAUUCAAACUUCGGUCGUAAUAGACCCAAUGUACAUCAAAUACUUGAGACCUUUUAGUGUCAUGUGUGCAUUGUGUUUAUUCUUGGUCUACUGCAUUUGUUUGUUAUUCACAUUGAAAACGCAUGCAGCUCUGAUCUGGUCUAAUCCUAUAACACCAAAGGAAAAGAAAGCCGAUUUUCAAAAUCCUGAAUUGAAUGAGCUACAAAGUGUCACAUCCCUGAACUUGAGUGAUACAAAUCUAACUGCAAAUACUUCUAACUUGAACAUAAGCACUAAGAAGAAAGCCAAGCAACCCCAAGAAACUGCGGAAUCCUUGCAAAUACCGUUAAAGUCACAAAACAUUCGGUCACCAGCUCAACAACAGCUUAACCCGCCACAACAAAACACGGGUGGUGAGCAACCCGGCGGACAUGACGCACCGAAUUGGUCACGAACAAAAUCAACGACAAUUUUACUAACUGCAACGUUGCUUUACUCUAUUAUUGCGGAGAUCUUAGUGGAUUGUGUUGAUGACGUCUUGAAAACUGUAGCAAUUGACCCUAAGUUUUUAGGUUUAACAAUAUUUGCACUUGUCCCAAACACAACUGAAUUCGUUAAUGCUUUCUCCUUUGCUAUGCAUGGGAACGUUGCGUUGAGUAUGGAAAUUGGAAGUGCGUACGCAUUACAAGUUUGUUUACUUCAAAUUCCUAUUGUAACCUUAUAUUCUGUUUGGAAUUUCACCAAGGAAUACACUGGCUCGGGUGCACCAAUUUUAAUGUCAAAGGAUAAUAUAGGUGAGUGGAGUGGUAUACCUAGAUUGACACAUCUUUUAGGCCUUUCAGUUGAUAUGAAUGAAAUUCCAAUAGUUCAGCAAUCAGUUGAGGUGGGUAUCAAUGGGGUUUCAAAUAUGUUUACUACCAUAUAUGAGCAGGGUGUUUCCAAUAUUAGUGUGGGUAAGAUAUUUUCUUUGAUAUUCCCACAUUGGGAUUUUAUUGCUUCCUUUUUUGGCGUAUAUUUAUUCACUUACAUUUACACCGAAGGUAAAAGUAAUUAUUUUAAAGGUUCAAUUUUGAUUUUCUUGUAUUUGGUACUAAUCGUUGGAUUUUUCAUCUCUUUACAUAUUGAAAGUGAUGCAGUCUCUGUAAAUCCUGUGGAAUUAAUGAGUGGUGGAAAGGUGUGGAAUAAAAUUUAA